UUUUGUUUUUGUACAAAAAAAAAAAAAAAAAAAAAUUAUCCCUUUUUUUAUAUAUCAUUUUACUCCAUUCAAAGUCAAUUAUAUAUAUACAAAUGUCUGUAGUUGCGAUGUUAAACUCUCAAGAAAAUUUGAACAGGAUAUUUAAUGACUUGAAAUCAAAGCAUGAGGAUAAACGUAUUAAAGCCGCACAAGAACUUCGUGAGACUGCAAUAACAGCAUCAAGAGAAUUAUCAGAAGAGAAUUUUGUUCGCUUCACCAACGACAUUAAUAAACGUUUUUUUGACUGGACUCAUGGUAGUGAUAACAACGAAAAAUUAGGUGCUAUUAUUGGCAUAGAUCGUUUGAUUGGAUUAGAACCUGAAAGUAAUGCUAAUCGUUUUCAUAAUUACCUCCAACACAUGUUACCUCAUCAUGAUCAACAGAUUAUGGUACCAGCAGCAAAAGCAUUGGGUCGAUUGGCAGUUAGUUCUUUAACUUUAACAGCAGAUUUAGUAGAUACACAAGUAGAGCAUGCACUUGAAUGGCUUCAAGGGGAACGUAGUCGUUUAGCAGCCGUUCUUGUAUUAAGAGAAUUAGCCGUGAAUGCACCUACUCUCAUUUAUGCUUAUGUUCCUCGUAUUCUUGAUCUUAUCUGGAUUGCUCUUAGAGAUACAAGGAAUGUAAUCAGAGAAUAUGCUGCAGACUGUCUUUCACAAUGUUUAGAAAUUGUACAACAGAGAGAAACGCCCAUGAGAAAGACUUGGUAUACUCGCAUUUGGCAAGAAGUAAAUCGUGGAUUACGUAUGAACAAUACUGAGGCCACACAUGGGAGUUUAUUAGCUAUGAGAGAACUAUUGUUACAUGCUGGAAUGUUUAUGACAGACAUGUAUAAAGAUGUUUGUGAAAUCACACUUCGUUUAAAAGAUUCUCGAGAUGCUUUAAUUAGAAAAACUGUUGUUUCGAUUAUAUCAACUUUAGCUACAUAUGAUCCAGCUACAUUCUCUGAACUAUAUUUGCAUAAAUCAAUGAGUCAUUUGUUAAAUUUGCUUCGAAAAAACAAUGAAAGACGUGAUGCUUUCAUUGCUGUUGGUCAAGUUGCUAUUCAAGUAAAAAGUAAUAUGAGCCCUUAUUUAGAUGCAACAUUGAUCUAUGUGAAAGAAGCAUUGUCUUUGAAAGGACGUCAAAGAAAGGAGGUAGAAGCAGCAGCUUUUACUUGUACGAGCAUGCUAGCAACCGCUGUUGGACAGACAUUAACAAAAUACUUACAUGAUCUAUUGGAUUUGAUGUUUAAUUGUGGAUUAUCUGAACCUUUAGUUACAACAUUAAGUAAUAUUGCAGAUCGUAUUAAACCAUUAUCUCCUGUUAUUCAAGAACGAUUAUUGAAUGUAAUUUCUAUUACACUUAGUGGACAACCUUAUAAACAACCGGGGGCACCUACAAAUCGUACUAUCAUUCAAACUGUCGAGAGACCGCUUCGUGAAAAUGGAUUAGGAGAUGGGAAGGAUAAUGACACGAUUGUACUUGCAUUGACAACACUAGGUUCAUUUGACUUUUCUAAUCAUGUGCUUAAUGAAUUUGUUCGAGACUGCAUUGUCAAUUAUCUAGAUGAUGAUCUUCCAGAGAUAAGAAAAGCAGCAGCAGUUACGUGCUGUCAAUUAUUUGUACGUGACCCAAUUUGCAAUCAAACAAGUGCGCAUGCAAUUAAAGUAGUGGGUGAAGUAUUGGAAAAGUUAUUGACAGUGGGUAUUGCAGAUCCGGACCCAGUUAUUCGAGAGACUGUCUUGUCAUCUUUAGAUGUUAGAUUUGAUCGUCAUUUAGCUCAAGCAGAUAACGUUAGAUCUCUUUUUAUUGCACUGAAUGAUGAAGUAUUUGCGAUACGUGAAAUUGCAAUCGCGAUUAUUGGUCGACUAACAACUUAUAAUCCAGCUUAUGUCAUGCCGUCUCUUAGAAAGACUUUAAUUCAACUCUUGACUGAAUUAGAAUAUUCUGUUAUUAGUCGUCAAAAAGAAGAAUCAGCUCGUCUAGUUUCGCUCUUGGUGAGAGCCGCACAAAAAUUAACAAAACCUUAUAUUGAAUCUAUCUUAAAGGUGCUGUUGCCUAAGGCUCGAGAUUCUUCGACAGGAGUUGUUUCAGCUGUUUUAGGAGCUUUAGGUGAAUUAGCUGCUGUUAGUGGCGAAAGUAUGGCCCCUCACUUGAAUGAAUUAAUGCCAUUAAUCAUGGAAACAUUACAAGAUCAAAGUUCAAGUGCUAAGCGUGAUGCUGCAUUAAAGACUUUAGGUCAACUUGCAAGUAACACUGGUUUUGUCAUUGAACCCUACACAAAAUAUCCUGCUUUACUUAAUAUUCUUAUUAAUAUUCUAAAGACAGAACAAAAUCCAACAAUUAGAAGAGAAACUGUUAAAUUAAUGGGUAUUCUUGGUGCAUUAGAUCCAUACAAGCAUAAGAUGAAUGCUAUAGGAAAUUCAAGCGAGGAAUUGACAGAUCCUAAACUUGCAAGUAAUGAUGUUAUUUUACUUAUGAACGGUAUCGGACCUUCUUCAGAGGAUUAUUAUCCUCAGGUUGUAAUGCAUUCAUUAAUGAAGAUUUUGAGAGACCCUUCUUUAAGUCAACAUCAUUACUCUGUUAUUGAUGCCAUUAUGUUUAUUUUCAAGACACUUGGAUUAAAAGUGGUUCAAUUCUUACCUUUAGUUAUUCCAGGAUUUUUAUCUUUGAUGCGAACCAGUUCUACAGGUUUGCUUGAACUUUACUUUCACAAAUUAAGUGAUUUAGUUUCCAUUGUCAAGCAACAUAUUCGUAACUAUUUAAAAGAUAUUUUUGAUCUUAUCGACGAUUACUGGACGCCUGUCUCCUCUCUCCAGAUUACGAUUAUUUCUCUAAUCGAAGCCAUUGCUAAAGCUCUUGAUGGUGAACUCAAAGUUUAUUUACCCCGUUUGCUACCACACAUGCUUCAAAUUUUUGACAGUGAUGUCUCUGAAAGACGUCAACCGACUAUCAAAAUUUUGCACGCCUUUGUUGUGUUUGGAGCCAAUAUUGAAGAAUAUAUGCACCUUGUCAUUCCUGCUGUCGUUAAAUUUUUUGAAAAGCCUGAUGCACCCGUUUCUGUUCGUCGCCAAGCAAUUUCAACUAUUACAGCGCUUUCAAAAAAGGUGAAUAUGUUUGACUAUGCUUCUCGUAUUAUCCAUCCUUUAGCUCGUGUAUUACCUGUAUUGCCAAUCGAAGCUAGAAACGCAGCCAUGGAUCUUUUGUGUGCUCUCAUCUUUCAACUUGGCACAGAUUACACUAAAUUCAUUCCUGUUAUUAACAAAGUAUUAACAAGGCAUCGAAUCACUCAUGCAAAUUAUGAAUUAUUGGUUAGUAAGCUAUUGAAGGGCGAAAAUCUUCCUCAAGAAUUGGGCAAAGCCUUUGAUGAUCGAGAUAUUAAAGGGGAUGAAACACCAUCUGUGGAACAGAGUGCAGCCAAGAAACAACCCGUAAAUCAACAACAUUUAAAAAAGGCCUGGGAGGCAUCUCAACGAUCAACAAAAGAGGAUUGGAUGGAAUGGAUUCGUCGUCUUAGUGUUGAGUUGCUAAAACAAUCGCCCUCACAUGCUCUUCGUGCUUGCGCUUUUUUAGCCUCUGUUUAUACUCCACUUGCACGUGAAUUAUUCAACGCAGCCUUUGUUUCUUGCUGGAAUGAGCUCUAUGAUCAAUAUGUUGAUGAGCUUGUGAAAUCAUUGGAGGUUGCCUUAAAGGCACCCAAUAUUCCACCCGAGAUUAUUCAAAUUCUCUUACAUCUCGCUGAAUUUAUGGAACAUGACAACAAAAUGUUACCCAUCGAUAUUCGAACAUUAGCUGUCUAUGCGCAGAAAUGUCACGCUUAUGCUAAGGCACUUCAUUACAAAGAAACUGAAUUUCAUAUAGAACAAUCCUUUGAAGCAGUUGAGAUGCUUAUGUCGAUUAACAAUUUAUUACAGCAGCCAGAUGCAGCCAUGGGUAUUUUAACAUUUGCACAAGAUUCACUAGGUUUAGAACGUAAAGUAUCCUGGUAUGAGAAAUUGCAUAGAUACCAAGAUGCCUUGGAGGCUUAUGAAGCACAACAGGUAGAGAAUCCAAAUUCAAUGGAGAUCACGUUGGGACGUAUGCGAUGUUUGCAUGCCUUGGGUGAAUGGGACCAAUUAGCAGCGCUGGCGCAAGAGAAAUGGAUCCAUGCUCCUGUAGAAAAUCGUAAGAGUAUGGCGCCUUUCGCUGCAGCAGCAGCUUGGGGUUUAGGCCAAUGGGAACAGAUGGAAGAAUAUAUUGCAUUAUUGAAACCAGAGAGUCCUGAUCGUACCUUUUUCCGUGCCAUCUUGAGCAUGCAUCGUAAUAGAUAUGCGGAGGCUGAGAAAUUUAUCAACAAGACGCGUGAUCUUCUCGAUACAGAACUUACGGCUCUCUUGGGUGAAAGUUACAACCGAGCUUAUACCACCGUUGUACGAGUUCAAAUGCUAGCUGAGUUAGAAGAAAUGAUUAUUUACAAACAAUCUGCGAACGAUAUUGAACGACAAAGCGAGAUAAGACGCACGUGGGUGAAACGUCUUGAAGGAUGUGAACGUAAUGUAGAGGUCUGGCAACGUAUCUUGCGUGUUCGUACAAUGGUCAUUUCUCCUCAAGAGGAUAUGGAGAUGUGGAUUAAAUUUGCCAAUCUUUGUCGAAAGAGUGGUCGUUUCUCAUUAUCAGAGAAAACACUUCGAAGCUUGAUGGAGGCAGACGACUCAGGUACACCCCAUCCUAAAAUUAUUUAUGCUCAACUGAAACAUAUGUGGGAUUCUGCGUCCAUUGCAUCGCCUGAUAAGGGGCCUGCGAUUCGUACAAGAGCUUUAAGCAUUUUAAGAGAAUUUACAGCACAAAAGACACAAGAUUUGGGUUUGAAUCCAGAUGAAAUGGCCGUCAGCAUGCCAAUUGAUCCAAGUCGUAUUACGAAUGAUGUAGCUGAAUAUACACGUCUCUUAAGUCGAUGUUAUCUUCGUCAAGGUGAAUGGCAGCGUGCUCUCUCUUAUGAGUUAACUCAGGAGACGAUCCCUGAAAUUCUAUUAUCAUUUUUAUUGGCGACACGAUUUGAUCAAAACUGGUAUAAGGCAUGGCAUUCAUGGGCAUUAGCUAAUUUUGAGAUUAUUGAUUAUCAUGAACGUCUUCAUCCUGAUAAUUUGCCUCCUCAAAUCUUUAAUCAUCACAUUGUUCCUGCAGUCCAGGGCUUCUUUAGAUCCAUUGCUCUCUCCAAGGAGAAUUCACUUCAAGAUACCUUACGUUUAUUAACAUUGUGGUUUAAAUAUGGUUAUCAAGCUGAGGUUAGUGCAGCAAUAGGGGAAGGCUUUGGUACGAUUAGUAUUGAUGUUUGGCUACAAGUUAUCCCUCAACUGAUUGCCCGUAUUCAUGCACCCAAUGCAACUGUUCGUCUCUUGAUUCAUCAACUAUUGACAGAUAUUGGCCGUGAGCACCCUCAGGCCCUUGUUUAUUCAUUGACAGUUGCUUCCAAAUCACAGAGUAUCCCACGUCGUCGAGCGACAUUUGUGAUUAUGGAUCGUAUGAGAAUGCAUAGCGCAGUCCUCGUUGAGCAAGCCCUUAUGGUAAGUCAAGAGCUGAUUCGUGUUGCUAUCCUCUGGCACGAAAUGUGGCAUGAGGGGCUUGAAGAAGCCUCAAGGCUCUAUUUUGGUGAUCGUAAUGUAGAGGCUAUGUUUGCCACAUUAGAACCCUUACAUCAAAUGUUAGAUCGUGGACCUGAAACGAUGCGAGAGGAGUCAUUUGUACAAGCAUUUGGACGAGACCUUCAAGAGGCACAAGAAUGGUGUCAUCGUUAUCAGGAGACACGCGAUCUUAACAAUUUGAAUCAAGCAUGGGAGCUCUAUUACCAAGUCUUUCGUCGCAUUGUACGACAAUUGCCACAACUUACAAGUCUUGAGCUACAAUAUAUUUCACCUCAGCUCUUGGAGGCACGUAAUUUAGAGUUGUGUGUUCCAGGUUAUUAUCGUAGUGGUGAACCUAUUGUGCGUAUUGCGAAGUUUAAUCCAAGCUUGACUGUGAUUGCAUCCAAACAGCGACCACGAAAGCUGACGAUUGUUGGUAGUGAUGGUAAGGAUUAUAUGUAUCUGUUGAAGGGGCACGAGGAUUUACGACAAGAUGAACGUGUAAUGCAACUUUUUGGAUUGGUGAAUACCCUUUUAGUGAAUGAUGCCGAGACAUUUAAACGACAUUUGAGCAUUGAGAGAUACCCUGCCGUACCUCUUUCACCCAAUUCAGGUUUGAUUGGUUGGGUGACUGAGACAGAUACAUUACACACCUUAAUUCGUGACUAUCGAGAGAGUCGAAAGAUCCUAUUGAACCUUGAACAUCGAUUAAUGCUUCAAAUGGCUCCUGACUAUGACAACUUGACAGUUAUUCAAAAAGUGGAAGUCUUACAGUAUGCGUUUGAAAAGACAAGUGGUCAAGAUCUUUAUAAUGUACUUUGGUUAAAGAGUCGUAAUUCAGAGGUAUGGUUAGAUCGUCGUACAAACUAUACAAGAUCAUUAGCUGUCAUGUCCAUGGUAGGAUAUAUUUUAGGUCUUGGUGAUCGACAUCCAUCUAAUUUGAUGCUUCACCGUGUUACUGGUAAAGUUGUACAUAUUGAUUUUGGUGACUGUUUCGAGGUGGCUAUGCAUCGUGAAAAAUUCCCUGAAAAGAUUCCCUUCCGUUUAACACGUAUGUUAGUAAAAGCAAUGGAAGUGAGUGGUAUUGAAGGUAAUUUCCGUAUUACGUGUGAGCAUGUAAUGCGUGUAUUACGUGAUAACAAAGAAAGUUUAAUGGCUGUUCUGGAAGCCUUUGUCUAUGACCCUUUGAUUAAUUGGAGAUUAUUAAAUACACAACCACAAAGCCCUACACAAAAUGAUCGUAUGAAAGGAUUUGAAACACAUGAGGAUGGACCAGAAGAUGGUCAUCGUAACUUUUCUGUUAGUCGAAGAUUAAAUCGUAUUGAAGUGGAAGCAGUUGCAAAUGAAAAUCCUCAAGGACCUGAACUAUUAAAUAGUCGAGCAGUUGCCGUUGUGAAUAGAGUAUCAAAUAAAUUGACAGGUCGUGAUUUUAACCCACGUGUAACCUUGGAUGUGCCAACACAAGUGGAUAAACUUAUUUUACAAGCGACAUCUCUAGAAAAUCUAUGCCAAUGUUAUGUUGGAUGGUGCGCAUUCUGGUAGUUUUUUUCUCUUUUUAUAAUAAUAAUAAUAAAGUUAAAACAGUGUAUAAUACAUGUAUAGAAUCUUUUAAUAUCCAUAAAGAUAUUUCUUGUAUGAAAUAAUAAAUAAAGAAUCGAA